AUGGCGUCGGUCGCACACGUGACCCCCGACUUGGCCGCGCUCUCCGCAGAGGCCCGGCGCCGCCACCCGGCCGUCCGCGCCGCCGUGGAAUCCGCGCAGGCACUCGCCAAAACGCUCCCCCCCUCGGCCCCCGUGGGCCUCUCGGAACAAACACAAAGCGUGAUGUGUGCCCCCUUUCUAGCCGCCUUGGACACGCGCAGCACGCGCGUGGUGCAGGCCGCGCUCCCCGCGCUCGCGCGGCUCGCCAUGGCCGGCUCGUUGGCCGACGCCCAGACCGCGGCGGCUAUCGCCUCGUUGUACGCGCUCGACGCCGCGUCGCAGCCCGUGGACACGCAGUUGAAGAUGCUCCAGACGCUCGGCGCGUUGGCGCACGCGCCCGCGCGCGAAAGCGCGGCGUUCGUGCGGCUCGUGGCCGUGUGCUCGCGCUUGGGCGGCUCGCCCAGCGCCGCGGUGGCCAACACGGCGGCCGCCACGCUCCAGCAGGUGCUCGGCGCGCUCUACGACGCGCUCCGCGGGCACACGGCGGCGGCCGGCGCCGCCCUCACGGCCGCGCGGCUCUCGCCGGGCGACACGGCCGUGCCGGGCGCGGCCGCCGGGCCGUUCAUGCUCGACGAGCUCGAGCUGCGCUGCUUCCACGUGGCCGAGGACCUCAGCCGCGCGUGCGUGGGCGCACGGCCCGUGUUGAUGGCGGACCGCGACAUCCGCAUCGCGCCCGCGGCCGCGCUCGAGGUCUUGGAGAACAUCGUGGCGCUCAACAGGCUGGUGUUCCGCGCGCGGCCCGAGUUGCAGGCCGUGCUUGCGCAGCGCACCGUGCCCGCGCUCUUGGCCGUGCUCCGCGCGCCCGAGCCGGCCUACCCCAUGGUGGUGCGCGCGCUCCGGCUCGCGCAGGCCGUGGUGUCGUGCGGUACCGCGGGCGUGGCCGCCGAGUCCGUGCGGCUCUUGGCCGCGUGCAACCGCAUGCUCUGCGGCGGCGCGGCCGCGGCAGCGGCGGGCGCCCCGGAGCACGCCCCGGAGUGCACGGCCUGGGAGAAGGCCCUCGUGGCCGAGACCUACCACGCGCUCUGGAGCAACUUCGCCACGGUGCGGGCGCUCUGCGCGCACGGCGGCCCGGGCGUGGCGUGCGCGGCCUUGGCCGCCAUGGACGCGUUCUUGGAACGCGACUUCGCGUCCCACUUCGCGCCCUCCGCCGUGCCGGCGCCGGGCGGCCUGCCUUCCAGCGCGCCCAACACGCCCAUGUUGGACCACUUGGACCGCACGGACCCGCCCGCGCGGCUCCCGGAGCUCUACGCGCCGCACGUGGUGCUCCGCGCCGUGCUCGGCUUCGCGGACGGCGUGUCCGCGUUUGUCUUCGGCUUGUCCGCGGGCUCCAGCGCCGCCAGCCUCGAGGCGGACGUGGACUUCGCCACCGCGCUCAACGCGGCCGUGUUCCGCGUGCUCCUCCGCCUCUUCCUGAAGUUCCUCCGCGGCCCGUGCGACCCGGACAGCUUCCACCUGGUGGUGCGUGCGCUCCAGAGGUACACGCACGCCGUGGGCUUGCUCGGGCUCGCCGCGGCGCGCGACGCCUUGCUCGGCUUGUUGGCCGCGUGCAUCGUGGAACCCGCGCCCGCGGAGGACGCGAAGCGCGGCAGCGCGGCCAACUUGCUUGCGCUCGGCGAGUCCCUCGUGGAGUCGCUCAGCAGCACGCUCCCGCCGUCGUUCGCCGCCGCCAGGACAGACGCCCCGGCCCCGGCCGCUGCGCCGCUGCCGAGACAGCCCGCGCGCUCCUUCAACUCGCGCCAGGUCAUCUGCCUCCGCGCGUUCUCCAACUUGGCCGUCCUGCUCGGCCUGACGCUACAGGGCUCCUGGCGAAUCGUGUGGGCCACGCUCCAGUGGGUCAGCUACUUCUUGAAGGGGCCGGACGCCCACGGCUCGCUCUCCCGCCUGAAGGCCCCGACGGACCUGGCCAGCCCCAAGUUGAGCGCCCAGGACCUCGCGGGGAUCAAGCACUCCCACGACAAGUUGCUCGAGAGCCUUUGCGAGUACCAGUACGGGCCGUUCUGCGAGGUCUACUCGGUGCUCACCGAGCUCUAUUGCGAGGAAGAUUUCCCGCCAGACAGCGAGGGCGCAAGCCGCGUUGCCCUCUGCCCGUUCAACAGGAGCUAUUUCUUGGACAUGAUCUUCACGCUCGCCACGCUUGACUUCAAGAACUUUGCGCUCAUUGACAGCGACCUCUGGCCAAUGACCUCCGGCUUCUUCGAGCGCUUGGCCACCGACAGAUCCUUGGCCCCGCAAAGACGCGUUCACAUUGCCGAGUGUUACAUGUCCAUCAUCAACAAGGUGACGCGGCAAGGCUUCAAAGCAGACAAGGACACUCGCGUGUCUGCAGACAGAUCUCUUGACGCGUUGCUCGGCUUUCUUGAGAAGCUUCUACAGCCCGGGCGGGCGCAUGAACUCAUCACCUUGAGCUGCGAAACAGAAAUGCACUUGUCUGUUCUCGUCACCUUGCAUGGCCUCAUUGACGACUACGACAGGUGGUACCAAAAUUCCUGGGAUGCGGUGUUCAAGAUACUCAAGACGGCGUUUAUCAACACCGAGGAAGACACUUUGCAAAGCACUAAACUCGUCGAGAAAAUCGUCAUGCUCAUCUCUACCUCGUUCGGCUCCUUUAAAAUGAUCUUGGACGAGUUUUUGUUGACAUUGCCUUUCAAUCAGCUCAAGUCUCUCAUCGACACGCUCAUGAAGUUCUGCUCUCAGAAAUACGACCUCAACAUAUCGUUCAGUUCAGUAAGCUACUUCUGGUUGAUCAGUGAUUGCAUUCACUCAAACAUGGCCAAACACGGAGAAGCAAGGGAUGCAGUCCAACUCAACUCCAUCGAGAACAUGCACCAGCUCGAGGAUUUGCUCCAGAAUGCUACUCAAGGGACCCCGGAGCUCUACCAAGCUUUGAACAUAUACCUUCUUGCUAAACUUUCUCACAUUUCUGCAGACGAGAGAAAUCAGGUCAGGGAAGGUGCGAUACAAACACUAUUUCAGAUUUUGGACGUCCAGGGGGAAGACACGCAGUCUUGGCAGCUCAUAUAUCACAUCGUGUUCCCUGAGUUGUUGGACUUGGAAAGAAUCGACCCGCUGGCUGAGACGUUUUCAAAGAAGAAUUCCUUGCCAAGCUUGAACUUGAUUCUAUCUGGCUUGGUCUCAGUUUACGCAAAGUUCGUCAUAAACUUUGAUGACGACAGACCGAUUUAUCAUGAGUUCUGGACAAAGUUCAUUGAAUACAUGGGGGAGAUGUUGAAAAUGAGAUGGCUCGAGCUCAACCUGAAUGUCUUCCAAUCUUUUCAGGACGUUCUUCUUUCCUUGCGCGGCGCAAAGAGGGUUCCAAAAUCGAUCAUCACAUUGCUCUUUGAUUUCUGGGUUUCUGUUCCUAUAGACUACGACUUUGUAAAGCCCGAAUACCAGGACUCGUUGGCUUUGUUCAAUGAUUCCUUCAAGGAUCUCUAUAAUUUGAUGAAAGACGACUUCGCUAUCACGGAAGCAACCCAGGUUUUGGGCGUCUUGAACAAAUGUGCAAGGUAUCCUGUUUUAAAGCCAGGCACCAGUGACACGCCCAAACCUUCAAAGUUGCAAAGCGUUGUCAUUGAAAACCUCAAGUUGAUAGACAAGAAUGACGACAACGGAGAAAUCCAGGCCACCGUUAUCCAACAACUAGCACAGAUCUCUGCGUUUCCCUACGAAAUCAAAAGCAGAAUCGAGGCCAAGUUGAAGAGCAAGUUCGAGGGGAAAUUGAAAAUCCCCAGUUUUGUUGCUGUGGGCCAAAUGGCUUUCGAGUGUAUUUCUCCCAAACUAGCACAGGUUAAGAACUUGAAAGUGCUUCUCCAAGAGGACAGGUUGAGGCGCAUGAUGAAUGACUUGCUAAAUAUCGUGCGGAAUAGAGCUCAAGGUGUGCCAAGCGACACAAAAUGCCAGUUGUGGACUAGGUGCAAUGAGUUGAUAUUGAGCUUGGCAAACAGACUUGUCCAUGAAAAUCUUCAGGAUUUCGAGGACGACACCACAAUAUGGGAGGUGUUGCUCGAAUGUAUCACGGUGACUUUUGAAGAGAGCCGUGACGAGAAAGCAAAUGUAGCCCAAUACGAGGCGCUUGCAGACAUUGUACUUCCUGCUUUCUUCGAGUCAAAGCAAGAUGAAUUGAUAGAUCAGUUUGUGCAGAAACUAUAUUUCAAUUCCUACGUCUACAAAGCUAACGAGACAGAAAAUGAGUUGAUGGGCCACGGGGAUGAAUACGACGCGUUGACGAACUACCAGUUUGAGAGCGUUUUUGGGACCACGGCAAAGAUCGAGACGGAGGCGAACCGUCAAAUCAGGAUGAAGUGCUUGAAGGAGUUGUUCCGUAUUGCAUCCACCGGUGGGAGGAGCGCCCAGGCUGCGCGAGAAUAUAUUGCAAUCAGGGCAGCGUUUUCUAUUCGCCGAUUCAUUGCAGAUGGGAGACUUCUGGGCCAAAGGCCGCUUCCUCAAGUCCAGGAGGAAGAGCUCAUGCAAGUUUUGGAGGGAUUUGUCAUGAUGGGACAGGCAUUCGAGGCCAAGCGGAUGCACGGUCUAAUGAAGCUUUUAACGCGGAGCGUGGUAUAUGCGGAUCGAGUCCAGGGCAUGAAGGACGCCAUGCAAAAAGUCUUGCAAUUGGGAAUAGCGUCGUGA